CCGGAAUUACCGUAUCGGAGGGUAAUUCAGUAAUGGAGUGACUUCAUACGGUACAGUCAGCCGCUACCAUGAACAAAACCACUACUAGGGGUUCUAUGCCACGUUUCACCUACCAACAUAUGCACUUAUCUACCUUUGGUUGUAACUGAAGGUUCAUCAUGGCUGCUUAACUUUCACCUGCAUCCCAUGUAUCAGCCUACGCCGAGGGCAUAUGAACGCCCUCGCUAAUUGAUCAACAGUCAGGAAUUUUGACGAUCGAUCGGGAACCAAACUCCCAAGUCCACUAUCACCAAUAAAGAAUCGCUGGUGUGACCCCGUCACGCUUCCGUGUACAAUCGUUGAACUCCAUUGGUUCGCCAGUCACAGUCUCUCCAGCUUUUUGAACACCUGUCAUACUAGUACUGCUCUUUAUAUAUUACUUAAAGAUGCCUGCAGACUACACAUCCACCGCCCGAGCUCUUUCCCUCCCGACCUCGCCUACAGAAUCACUGUCACCAGCAGACGAGCACUACCCACCAUGGAGUCAUUUGGCAUCUAGCAGGAGCAAUUCCACCACCCCCUCUGAACCCACGACUGUCUGGAAGCAGGUCACCCGCCGGGUGUCUAAAACAUCACGACAAAUCGAGGCUAUAUGGCGGAGAAUGAACUUUUGGCAAAAAGUAGGUGCGGUAGCAGCUGCUUUACUUGCCAACCUCCUAGGAAUUGGAUUUCUGGUUUUCACGAGCAAGGUAUUCAUAUGGCUGGGCCCGGUGGCUGAGAGAUGGGAGCAGUCAACGGGGGCAUACUUUGUCCUUUGGCUAUGUGUAUUCUUUGUCUCCUUUCCACCCUUGGUGGGGUGGUCUACCUUUGGUACCAUGUCCGGCUACAUCUUUGGUGUAUGGAAAGGAUGGCUCCUCUAUGCCACUGCGACUGUGCUUGGAUCUACCUGCUCUUUCAUUGUCUCCCGCACUGUCCUGUCUAAGUUCGUCAACCGAAUGAUGGAACGGGAUAAACGAUUUGCAGCUCUUGCUUUAACGCUAAAGUAUGAUGGGCUGAAGCUACUGUGCAUGAUCCGUCUUUGUCCUUUGCCAUACUCCGUAUGCAAUGGUGCUGUUUCAACUUUCCCGACUGUUCAACCACUGACGUAUGGACUCGCAACGGCAAUUGUUACACCUAAACUUCUUGUUCCGGCUUUUGUUGGCAGCCGGAUCCGUUUACUCUCCGAGAAGGGAGAGGAGAUGAGCGCAGGCUCCAAAGCUGUGAAUAUCUGCAGCAUCAUCAUCACCGUGGCGAUCGGAAUUUUCACCGGUUGGUACAUAUAUAGAAGGACCAUGGCGCGAGCUAAAGAGUUAGAAGCCCAAGAAAGGGCCGAUAUACGUCAAUCUCUGCAGGAAGACCAUGCUGGCCAUCGCCCUCAUCAGGCCUUUUCCGAGGACCCCGAUGUCAACGCGGCCGCCACGACUCUCGCUCGUGACGAGGAGGAGCGUCUUGGGUUCCAUGAUUUUGAUGACGAUAACGUCGACCUGGCCAUCGACGAUGAGAGCGGCGGUGAGCGCUCGCCCAAACGUCUACCCCGGGGCCCAUAUCGGGAUGAAUUUACCGAUAAUGAUUCCGACAUCUUCAAGGAUGGAGACGGUGGAGAGGGGGAAAUAUACGGCCUGCACACACACCUGCGGAAGAGCUGAAUCUCGGAGCUGCAUUUGCAUUCGAUACACUACUUGGGAUAGAGAUAACUGCCACGAUUCAUGUCCUACAAAUUUCCUGCCGGUUGUGUGGAUCAUUUGUGCGAUACUGAAAGAUUUAUGGGCGUUUGGCGUUCUUGAUCUUUCAACACUAUAUCCCCAUCCCCCCUCUGUAAAUUUAUCAGGUUGAAAACAAAUCUUGACCGUGUAGGAGCCAGUAGGAGAAGCCAGACCCCUUAAAU